AUGAGUGUCGUCGCCAGUAGACCGGAUAGCCCUGCUGUGCCAUACGCCAUCCCGCAGGAUUGUAAAGAUUGGACGGUGACAGUUCAGCCGGUGUCAUCUCGAACUUCCUCCAUUUCCUCCUACAAGUCUAAUUACACCACCUCGACCGCGCCAACCUCUAACCCGCCCACAUCCCCAACUCCUUCCUCUCGCCAGAGUGAUUCCAUCGGAUCAAUCGCGAAGACCGUUGAGCCAGUUCAAAGACGACUACCUCAUGAGGUAUACGAUGUUAUCAUUGAUAGUCUCGAAACUUUACACAAAGCCCCUCACCAGACAGGCUGCACAACAUGCUUUCAGCGUGACUUGCAUGCCUUGUCCUUGACCUGCAGGUCAUGGGAGAAGGCUGUCCGCGCACGACUAUACACACAAAUACACAUCGUUGGCAACGACUCUCCCGCCCAAUUGAAGAAAUAUCGACUCAAAAGAGGCAGUCGCUUGAAGCUGUUAAGACGCACCCUGCGUGAACGGAAGUCGCUGGCAAAUCAGGUCCACGAAUUACGCGUUCCCCAGAUGGAUCUGCUCUUCACAACAACAAAGCAAAGCGCGCAAUGGCAAGAGUAUCGCGAUCUAAUCGCGUCUGUCGUCAUGGUUUGUCCAAACCUCGAGCGAUUACUCGGCUUGACGGUCCCUUAUCACCAUGAGUUUGACCGCUUGACACAUGCCUUGUCGACUCGAAAGAAGUUGAAAGAGCAUACCUGGGUCCUGGGUGAAGCGGCUGAGGUGACCGAAAUGUCUCCACGCGGUGACUCCUGCCCGGACAGCCUGGGUCCAUCCCAGAUGUUCGAAUUCUUAGAUUACCAUGUCCAAUGGUCGAAUUUGGAAACCUUGAUGCUAUACGGAUUAAAUGGGAAUGGUGCCCUGGAGCCCAGUCUCUUUUUGCGCAUGUUCGACCUUCUCCCUUCUUUGAAGAACCUUUGCAUUUCUUCCUUCAACGAGGACGCUUUCGCUGAUAGCACAUUGUUGUGUUUGCCAGCGCUGGAAUCUUUGCGAUUGGAGAGCCUCCCUGGAGUCACUGAGGGCGGUCUGACCCAAUACACAUCUCGCCCAGAAUCCCUUUCUCUCAAGUCAUUUGUCUUGGUGGAGCAGAACAUCGAGUCUCUGCUCGUCAUCUCCAAGAUUCUCUCCUCACUCCGACAACUCGAGCGCUUCAAGUUUGUGCAAACUGCUAAAUGCCCCAUUAUGCCGAAAGAAGGCAUGGUGUUCCAGCCCAUCUUGGCUUCUUCGACCUUGAAAUACCUACACUGGGAUGUAGCUUGUCCAGACCCCGGCACAGCCCUCACCCAACUCGACUGCCUUCCCUUCCAGAGCCCUAAAAAGGAGUCCGACACCCCCAACUCUCAUCUCGCUCAGAGCAUUCUGUCCGCUGGCUUCCCAGAACUCGAAACCCUUCGUGCGCCGAACGAUGUGGAGCCUCCCGGGGCUCUGCAAGCCGUUUGUCGACCCAUUACUAAAGGCCAGGCCCUAUUACGACCAGACCGAUACAGUCUGCCUCGCAGCUCCCAUGGUUCUGUCAACACUCGGCCUCUUGCUUUACCCGCAGGAAACAAUUUGACAAACUCCCGGAUUCGUGCACAGACUUUCAUCGACAUGGCUGUCAAGGACCCAGAAGCUGGUCUGCAGGUAUUAAUCCAAGAUUUCUCUGACAACUUUGUACCGGACAAUGCCCUAGCCGCACAAUUCGAGGACGAUCCGGAACCGGAAAUGGAUGACUACGGCAUCUGGGCUGCUGCCGAGCGGUAUAAAAACCGAUCGACCAACCCCGAGGACGAGAACGAAGGGCCCAAGACGGUCUAUGAUUUCCGUAUGCCAGCCUACAUGGGCCGCAUCGGCAUGAAAGAUCCGCUGACGGGUGCAUCAAUUCCCCACUUCUUACUACGCCCUGAUAUCCCUGGUCAGGAAUCAGAAGGUGGUUUAAUCGGAUGGAAGCAGCUGCUUGCAUCAAAUCAAUCAUUAUCAUAUGCUGCUGGAAUGGGCGUCCAUUGUUUCGACAGCCGCAGCACAGUCCCUUUGCCUUUGCCGGUAGAGGAAUUGACAUCCCCUUCCUCCACCACUACCUCGCGAUUCGGAUGGGGAAGCCUGAGUGGUCGAUCUACGGGCACUCCUGCAACUCCCACCACUCCUACCACUACCAUGAGCGGUUCAUUUAACUCUGCCCUGCCUUGGGAAAAGGAUUCCUGCACUGGAUCCUGGAACCAUAAAACUGGUAGGGAGUGGUGGUUCCAUAUGGAGCGCGAUCGCCCAGGAAACUCUGAGCUCAUCAAUGCUCAACAACUCUUUUAA